CGGGCGCUGCGCUGCAGCCGCUCGGAGCUGCGCCCGCCUGUGCAGAGCCCUGCGAGUCUCCAGCCUCGUCCCGUGGCAGGUCCCUGGCGGCGGCCCUGGUGGACAGGGGCUGCUGCUGCCCCCUGCUUCUCUUCCCGGACGCUGCUGCUGCCCUCCGGCCCCGCGCUUACUGCCCCCAUGAAAAAAACCAAUAUGUGGUUCUUGGAGCGGCUUCGUGGAUCUGGGGAACACGCUGCCCCCCGGGGAGUCGGGAGUGAGUCGGGGGACAAGGCCGCCAAGGGGCCCCUGUACAGCAACGUGCUGACCCCCGACAAGAUCCCCGACUUCUUCAUCCCCCCCAAGCUGCCCUCUGGCCCCGCAGAGGCCGAGGGGCCGGCCGAGCUGGGCCCCUCCGCCUCCGAACAGAACCUGGCGGCGGCUGCGCCCCGCCGCUCGCCGCGGAGCCCCCGGCUGCCGGCCAAACUGGCCGCAGAGAGCAGGAGCCUGCUGAAGGCCGCCACGAGGCACGUCAUCCAGAUCGAGAGCGCCGAGGACUGGCCGGCCGAGGAGGCCCCCAGCGCCGACCCCCAGGCCCAGGGCGCCAUGUCUCUGCCCUCGGUGCCCAAGGCCCAGACGUCCUACGGUUUCGCGACGCUGGCCGAGAGCCCCCACACCCGGCGCAAGGAGUCCCUCUUCCACAGUGAGCACGGGGCCCUGGCCCAGGUGGGCUCCCCAGGCACAGGGCGCCGGCGGGCAGGCGCCAGGGCCAACGGGGGCGAGGGGGCGCCCAGGGAGGCCGGGGGGGCCCUGAUGAGCCCCAGCCGCUACUUCAGUGGCGGCGAGAGCGACACGGGGUCCUCGGCUGAGUCCUCCCCGUUCGGGUCCCCGCUGCUCUCCCGCUCUGUCUCGCUGCUCAAAGGCUUCGCCCAGGACGGCCAGGCCAAGGUGAGCCAGCUUAAGCACUCCGUGGGUCGCCAUGGCUCCCUGUCAGCUGACGACAGCACACCGGACACCAGCCCCGGGGUCCGGCGCCGCCUGACCCGCCGGGCUGCCCCGGAACCGGGUCCUGAAUCGGGCCAGGUACCUCGAGGGGAGCACACCGUCCGGAUGGGCCCCAGGGGCAGCGUGCGGCUGCUGGCCGAGUACGAGGCGGCCCAGGCCCGCCUGCGGGUGCGCCUGCUGGCCGCAGAGGGCCUUUAUGAGCGUCCCUGCGAUGGCCGCAGCAUCAACUGCUGCGUGGGCCUGUGCCUCGUGCCCGGCAAGCUGCAGAAGCAGCGCAGCACCAUCAUCAAGAACAGCCGCCACCCGGUCUUCAACGAGGACUUCUUCUUCGACGGCCUGGGGCCCGCCAGUGUGCGGAAACUGGCCCUCAGGAUCAAGGUGGUUAACAAGGGCAGCAGCCUCAAGCGGGACACGCUGCUCGGGGAGAAGGAGCUGCCCCUCACCUCCCUGCUCCCCUUCCUGUGAGCUGCAGAGGGAGGAGCCCUCUCCCUCCACCUGGGCCUGCCAGCAGCUCUUCUGGGGCCAGGAUGCACAGGGAGGUGGGCUUACACUCAUCCUGGGCCUGGCCUCGAUGUCCCCGGGGGCGUCCUGGAUCACAGUGGCCACCAGAUACGAUUUUUCAUGACAUGACCUGUUGGAAGAGGAGGGUGGGCUGCUUCCCAGGCUGAACGUCCCCCUCCUCUCUUCCGUGCAGCGUCUGAGGUUCUCACGGUCUGGGAACUGCCAGGUGGCUGAGGCCCUGGGCAGAGUUCAGCCUUCCCUGUUCUGCUCCCUGCUCUGCCCAGAUGCCCAGGGAGCUGUGCCGGAUGCCCUCCUGGGCCCUGAGGUGAGGGGUGGGAUGCCCCUCCACUGUGUCUGGAGCGUGUGGACAGCUGCUGGACUGGAGCCAGGGGGCCUUGUGGAUGAGCCUGCCCUUACCUGCAGCACCGCUGUGCCAGCUCCGCUCCUCCAGGCUCAGCUCAGCCUGUUGCUUUUGGGUGCAGGAAGUCCUGGGGGCGUCCGGAGCCAGCCUCAGUGGAAGCGCUUGCCACGCUCCUCUGCCUGUGACCCCUCCGUGUCCCUGGGGAUUGUCUGUCUGCCCUGCGGGCCAUCCCUCGGCAAGCCCCUCCCCUAGGCAUGUACAUAUGGCUUGGUGGGGGGGGGGUGGGAUUCCUGACUGCGGCUCUUCACGUGACUGGCUGGCCCAUUGGUCUCACUGUGUUGGCUGUGUGUUCUUGAAGGACUUCUGUGGGGUUUCCCACAACCACAAGUCAAGUGUGGCAGGCUGCCUGUGGGCAUGGUGACCAGGGUGAGUCUGUGGCUCCCAGGUUGUCCGCCACUGCUUGGCUGUUACCCCUUGUACCCCCUUGUUCCUUCUGACCCCAGAUUUCCAAGUCCCACUAGGAAGGUGCAGGAAUGGACUCCCUGGGAUCCAAAAGCCUGUUCCUGCUUUGUGUUGAAGGAGGGGCUGCCUGGAGCCACCUGUCCCAUGCCUGGUCCCCUUUUCUCUACAUCCUGGAGCAUCCAGGGCCCAGGCCUGUCAAGGGGGCAGCAGGCAGAGGCCUGUGUGAGGCUGAGUGCUCAGAGCCACACCUCCUUUCUCGGACUCUGAUCUCCCCUGUUCCCUGUUCUCCCUGGGGCCCCGUUUUGUAUACCCCUGCACUGUUUGAUAUCUUUGUGUUUGAAGUUGGCUGUGGAUAAAUCCUUAAGACACCU